GAAAGCCUGGCCAGGAUGGUGGGAGGCCGGCCGCAGGACAUUGUCUUUACCUCAGGGGGCACAGAGGCAAACAACAUGGUGAUCCACACUGCCCGCAGGCACUUCCGCGAAAGCCAGGCCAGGCUGGGGGACAGCUGGGGGACACCGCACAUCGUGACGUCGAGCGUGGAGCACGACUCCAUCCGCCUGCCACUGGAGCAGCUGGUGAAGGAGAACCUGGCGGAAACCACCUUCGUGCCUGUGACCCCACGAAGCGGGCGCGCUGAGGUAGAUGACGUCUUUGCCGCCAUCCGGCCGACCACCUGCCUGGUUUCCAUCAUGUUGGCCAAUAAUGAGACUGGGGUCAUCAUGCCUGUCGCGGAGCUGAGCCAGCACAUCCAUGCCCUUAAUCAGCGGAGAGCAGCGGAGGGGCUGCCCAGGAUCCUGGUGCACACGGAUGCGGCGCAGAUGAUUGGCAAGGGGCGUGUGGACGUGCAGGAGCUGGGGGUGGACUACCUCACCAUUGUGGGACACAAGUUCUACGGCCCACGGAUUGGUGCGCUGUAUGUGCGCGGCCCUGGCACCACCACCCCGCUGCACCCCAUGCUCUUUGGAGGGGGACAGGAGAGGAGUUUCCGGCCGGGCACUGAGAACACCCCAAUGAUCGCUGGCCUCGGCCAGGCUGCAGAGUUAGUGAGCAAGAACUGGGAGGCCUACGAGGCUCAUAUGCGGGAUAUUCGGGAUUACCUGGAGGCCAGACUGGAGGCCCUCCUCAAUUCUGCUCAGCUGCGGGAUCCCCUACGACGUGGCGCAGAAUGCCUUGCGGCUGAGCGUAGGGCGAGACACCACCCGGGCAGACGUGGACAUGGUUGUGCAGGACCUUGUGCAGGCUGUGGCGCAGCUGGACCAAGACCAAGCCCUGUAGACCCCGGGAAUCGCUCCCUGGCUAUCACCCAGUGGGCAGAGCUCCUGUUGCCAGCUCCAUGUGCUCCUAAAGGAAACAGAGUUGUCGGGGCAGCCAUAACUGUGCCAGCACCCGAGGAAACGCGUCUUCCCUGUGUGGCCAAGGCGGUCACUCUCAUCACCGACAUAGGAUGACACAAGUGUCACACGGAUUGGGAGCGUUGCCAGCUGGGCUGACUGAUGCUGGGGAACCUGGUCUCCCUGGGUAUUCAUAGGAAUAAAAGUGAUUGCUGCUGCUGUGGCUU